AAAUGAGAAGGAGCCGGUUUUAUUUUGAAGAAGACAAAAUAACAUUUUUUUCAGUUGAAAAUUUAUUACUCAUGGAAUAGGAUCAAAGUUCAACAACCAUGCAUAUAUGUCAUUGAUAAUGAAUGAAGUCUACAUGGGUCUACAUGAAGGGGAACCUGUUUCAGGUAUUGGUUGCUGAUAAGGGAGGCCAGUGAAGCUGAAUCAGAAAUACUGCUACCUGUUGCUAAGCGUCUCAGGAGCCUACACAUAUGGCAGCCAAGAAAUAUAGGGGGACAGGAAGAAUCCAAGUUAAGGAACAGCGGUGUACUGUUCACCAGUGCUACUUUGGACAAAAUGCCUGUUUUAAAUAGGCUUAAUGUUGUCUGUAGCCCUUGGUCAGUGCUGGAAAAACUGAUAAGUGACUACUAGACCCAGUAGUUAUUCUGAAGCAGUGAUUUCUUCAGCGGAUGUCUUUAAGAUGCCACAAAUAACAGUUAAGAUUGAACCUCCAGAGGUAGAGGAAGAAGAUUUGGAGGAUCUGUUGGCCACAGAUGGACUUUUCAUAGAAUAUUUCAACACCUUUUUGUCCUUGCCAACAUUUCCAGAACCGCUAUGUUUUAACAAGAACACAGGUGGUUUUGAAAUUGUCACAGAUGCUAAGAAGGAGUUGGCAAAACAAAUAAAGGCUGCUGUUCGCUCAGCCAAGAGAACACCAAAAAUUUACAGAGUCACCAAGAACCACAGCUUCAGUGAUAUUCCUCUUAUUCCAAUAGAAGAAGACACGGAACCAGAAAAGAGAGAGAUCAAUACCAGCUUUACUGUCAAGACAUUUCCAGAACCGCUAUGUUUUAACAAGAACACAGGUGGUUUUGAAAUUGUCACAGAUGCUAAGAAGGAGUUGGCAAAACAAAUAAAGGCUGCUGUUCGCUCAGCCAAGAGAACACCAAAAAUUUACAGAGUCACCAAGAACCACAGCUUCAGUGAUAUUCCUCUUAUUCCAAUAGAAGAAGACACGGAACCAGAAAAGAGAGAGAUCAAUACCAGCUUUACUGUCAAG